CCGCCGCCCCGCCGUAGCCGCGCUGCACGCCCCGGGUUCGCGAUGGCGGACGUGUCCGAGAGGACACUGCAAUUGUCUGUACUGGUGGCCUUCGCCUCCGGAGUGCUCGUGGGCUGGCAGGCAAACCGGCUGCGGCGGCGGUACCUGGACUGGAGGAAGAAGAGGCUGCAAGAUAAGCUAGCGGCGACGCAGAAGAAGCUGGAUCUGGCCUGAGAUCCCCGCCCUGUUGGUCCCUGCCGACUCCCGCGCGACCACCUCGAGGGCAUCUAGCCUGUCCCGUGCGGGGCCUCGGCCAUAGCUAGACCCGUCUCACGCCCUGCGCCCGCAGUGCCAGGCUUGUCUUGGAGUUGCUCAUUGAAGAUGGAUAUGGAGAACUGGAGAGAAAUAAUUCUCCUUGCACUUUAUGAAUCAAUUUUAUUUUUAAAAUAAAAAAUGUAAACGUA